AGGCCACAUCCGCCUGGCUUCCACCCCGCAGGGUCCCCUCGGAGACAGUAUGGCUACCCAGUGCCUUUGCCUCCUGAUUCUCACCUCCCUGCUGGCCCUGGCAGCGCCUCUUGUCUUUGACAUAAAAAACUUGCAUCUCUUAAAUGGAACGAUGGAUGAAAUUAUGAAUAUUCACCCUGAGCCUGUCCAGCCUGAUGAGGGGGACCACCACGUUCGACAGGUCAGAGAUAUUGCCCCGCGCCCACCAGCGGCUCAUGGUUGGCCCAAGGACUGCAGUGAGAUCCCUCCCGGCAGCCACAGCGGUGUGUACAUCAUCCAGCCGAAGGGCCUCCACCAGCUCGUGGUGUACUGCGAGAUGAACACCACCGGCGGGGGCUGGACGGUCAUCCAGAGGAACCAGAAGGACACAGCCGUCACCUGGGCCGAGUCCUGGAGCACCUACAAGUAUGGCUUUGGGAACGUGCGCAGCGACUACUGGCUGGGCACCGAGUACAUCCACCAGAUCGCCAAGCAGAAGGUGUACCAGGUCAGGUUCGUCAUCUCGGAUAACGCAAACAACAUCAAGUUUGCAGACUACAACCUCUUCAGUGUGGAGGAUGAGGCCCAUGGGUACCGGCUGCGGUUGGGCUCCUAUGCUGGGACAGCGGGGGAUGCCAUGACUUCAGACAAUCCCAGCACUAUGCAUGACAACAUGAAGUUCUCCACAAAAGAUCGUGACCAGGACAACUACAGUAAGAACUGCGCCUACAGCUAUGAGGGUGGGUGGUGGUUUUCGUCAUGUUAUUCCGUGCGGCUGAAUUUCAAGGGCGGCAUGACGUGGGGCAGCCUGUGCAAAGGGGACUGCAAAUCCUCCCUCAUCCUCAUCAAACCAGCUCCGUACUGUUAGCACCUCUUUUUCCUCCCGUCUGCACCCGAUGCUCUGCAAGGCUGGAGCCUUUCUGGGGCGGAGAGGGAGCCUAAGGGUGCUGGGGGUUGGCGAAAUACCAUCUGCUCUUCCCCUCUCUUCCCGUUCUUUGCCCAUUUCUCCUUGUGCUUGCCAAUGAUUAUUUUUUGUUUUGUUCAUAAUCAAGAAAAAAAAAAAAGGGAAAAAAAAAUACUUGCAAAAUGUGUGAAUUCCAUGUGUACCUUCCACGGGGGAGGAAAACACAGAGCCCUGGAGUAACAUUUCACCAGUGGUUGAUAGUUGUCUCCAGAACUCACAGCAAGCAGGAGGGCCACGUCUCACAAAUGUCUGUGUGCGUAUCCGCGCCUCUCCGUGGUGUCUGUUAGAGCAGCCAAAUAAAUGUGCUUCCUUCAGCUCA